AUGAGCUACCAAACCAAGUUGCCCUUAGGCACUCCUGUCAUUGAUCAAUUCCUCGGCCUCAAACCCCAUCCCACCAAGUGUCAGGCCACGUACGUCUGGAUUGACGGGACUGGAGAGUGUCUCCGCAGCAAGACUCGAACCCUUCCUUCAGUCCCCCGCACCGUCUCUGGUAAGUCCCAUAUUAUGUUUUAUUAGAUGCAAAGUCGUAUCCUUAGUAUUACGGUAAUCGUUUGUUUGCAGACUACCCCAUUUGGAACUACGAUGGUUCCUCUUGCGGCCAAGCCAAAGGCCGUGACUCUGAUACUUAUCUCUAUCCAGUGGCUCAUUAUCCAGAUCCAUUCCUUGGUGGAAAUGCCCGUCUUGUCCUCUGUGACACCUACAAUCACAAGAAGGAGCCAACUGGUAGGUACUAUAGGAUGCAGUAACCUCAAUCUCAUCCUCAGCCACCAACCAUCGCUUCAAAUGCAAAAAGGUGAUGGAUGCCUGUGCUCAUCAGAAGCCCUGGUUCGGAAUCGAGCAGGAGUACCUUCUCUUGGAUCGUGAUGGAUAUCCGCUGGGAUGGCCGAAGCAUGGAUUCCCCGCUCCCCAAGGUCCCUAUUACUGUGCUGUUGGGGCUGACCGUAUCUUCGGCCGGGAAGUGGUCGAAGCCCAUUAUCGCGCCUGUCUCCACGCCAAUCUGACCAUCUGUGGGACCAAUGCGGAGGUUACCCCCGGACAAUGGGAAUAUCAGAUCGGUCCAGUGGAAGGUAUCGCCAUGGGAGAUGAGUUGUGGAUGUCCCGUUAUCUUCUUCACAGAACAGCCGAACAGUUUGGAGUAGUGGUCACCUUCGAUCCCAAGCCAUCAGUUACAUGUGGAGAAUGGAAUGGUGCCGGAUGUCAUACCAACUUCAGCACACUGGCAAUGAGACAGCCUGGGGGCUUGAAGGAGAUCGAAGCUGCCAUGGCCAAGCUGCAGCCACUUCAUGCUCAACAUCUCAGGAUGUACGACCCCAAUGGGGGAGAAGAUAAUCUGAGAAGAUUGAGUGGAAGAUGCGAGACUUCCAGUGCGGACAAGUUCACUUGGGGUGUGGCCAACAGAGGAUGCAGCGUCAGAAUCCCGAGACAGGUUGCCGAGGAAGGCUGUGUAAGUAAAUCUUCCUGUUAGUUCUUUGUUAGGUUGCCGCAAUAAAAAUAUUUUUACUUUUAGGGUUAUCUGGAAGACCGUCGUCCCUCCUCCAACGUUGAUCCCUACUGCGUUACUGCUGCUCUAGCCGAAUCUAUUUGUCUUUGA